UCUCAGACAGAACACUUAAUAAAUUGUCAGGGUGUUGGCUCCACAGCUGACGAGACAAAUCUCAGUUUUUCAUUCAAAAAGAGAAAGCUAUUUAAUCAGAUCCUUCUCACUGACACAGCAGAGUGUCAAACACUGGUGCCUGAUGCCUUCGAGGAAGACAAAAACAGCACAUCAGAGGAAAUGCCUCACCGCAUUUGUCUUCAUUUCUCUUCUUAUGGUGGGACUACUCAUAGCUAUCAUCAUCUUUGUGAAAAUCAACAGGCAAGAUGUUGCUGAAGAGGGUCCACUUCAGCCCCAAACCCACAACCUUAACUGCAGCUCUAGAGUUGCAGCCAUCCCCGGUGAAGCCGCCUUCAUGCAGACAUGGAACAGUGGGAGUUUCCAACAGGCGUGGAGUGACGCAGAGAAAAAAGCCAAAACGCCUGCACACCUCAGCAUGACAAAAAAUCUCUCUACUGCCAUCUACAUGUACACAAGUGGUGUGCUCCAAGCUGACAAACAAGACGGUGGGAACACAGAACAUAGAAGAGGACAACAAAGAGGGACUAUAGAGUCCCUUCUUUAUUUCUCUCUGAAUGAAGCUGUUGAGAUCCUGAAGUACCGUCAGAAGACAGCAUGUCUCAACACCAGCUACAGAACAGAGGAAUACUUGAAUCCAGAUAUUUCUAACAAACUGGUUCACUUCAGCACCUUCACGGUCGGCUCUGAUUGGAGGAAGUCCACAAAGAAUACCUACUGUUUUGAAUUAAACACAUGCUUCAGUGUAAACAUCACACAUUAUUCUGCUCUGGAAGGGUUUGACCAGGCGCUCAUUCCCCCCUACGAGAUGUUUAAAAUCACAGACAUAAAGACAAACACGCAGGGAUGUAAAGUCCUCUACAAGCUGGAGAGCAUGAAGUGUGUUUAUGACGGACAGCUCGAUGAGGUCCAUGAACUACGUUCUUCAGCAGAUCCAUACAUGAUCAUUAUUGUCGGUAUGAUGGCUGUACUGGUGGUGCUGGUGGUCGUUGAGGUUGUCUUAGCGGUGAAAAUAUGUAAGCAAAAGGAUUUGUGCAGGACAUCCUAACAUACUGACCAUCUAGGAAAUUUGUCAAAAUAACAUGCUGUUAGUAUUCUAUCCUUUCAUUAAUGAAUCAGUAAUGAUAAUUCAUGUUUUUUAUUUUAUUUUAUUUUAAUUUACUUAGAUGCAGUUGUCUGAAGAUGAUAAGUGUAGGAUUUUGGAUAUUUUUAACAAAUAUUUUAUGUUUGAUUUCUUAUGUUUUUCAAUAAUAAAAUCACUGAGUCAUGAUUAUUCAGAUCUGCCUGUUUGAAACAAUGUUAACUGUACUGCUGCUUUUCUACUCACUUGUUAUUCUGGCUCUACUUGAUGCUCUUUGUAAUGCUCAUUUGUAUGACGUGUGCCUCCUACCCCCCACUUUUUGGGGUCACCUUACUGUUGGAUGCAGGCCGCCCCCUGUCCUGUGGGGUCAUAAAAAUGUUAAGUGACUUUGGUCAAAUACAUCCCAAAGAAGAUCUUUAUUACUUGCUCUGACAUACUUUUCAAGGCUGCUUUCUUUCUCGAAUUUGCACUAUAAAAUUGUGAUUUUGUUAUCCACCUCAUUCCUUGCCCCAUCAUACUUUCUGUGAAAUGCCUGGUCCCUUCUGUCAGACCAGGACUCUGCAUAGUAAAGAGAUGCAGAUCCUGAUUAAUAGUGCAAUUUUGAGAUUGAAAUAUGUGUCACCUGUAGCUUAGUGAUGGGCAAAUAAUUUCAAAGUUCUGGCGCUCUUGUCAGUCUAAUGCAGCAGAUUUCAAAGUGUGAGAUUUGCUUGGCUUACUUCUUUUGUGUGUGGUGUGUCGACUAUUAAA